AUGCAGUUUACUCUUGUGAGUUGCUACCUUACUCCUAAUGAGCCCAUUUCGGAAUUCCGCCGUAAAUUAGGCAGCAUUAAGGAUAUGGUUCGUCAAGUAACGGGCGAGGUCAUUAUUGCCGGCGACUUUAACGCCAAGUCGGUGGCCUGGGGCAUGUCCUGUAGUGAUACGCGUGGAUCCGAGGUCAUGGAUAUGAUCGCUCGAUUAGACCUCACAGUCCUCAACCGUGGCAGCACAUCCACAUUCAGAAGGUCAGGGUAUCGCGAAACCAUCAUUGACAUCACGCUUGCUACUGCUGAUGUCGCAGCCAUCAUUACAGGCUGGAAAAUCCUUGAGGACUUUAAAGCGAGUGACCAUCAAUAUAUACAGUUUAAGGUUACUGGUGCCAAAAACGUCUCCUGUGAGCAGACUAGGGACAUACCGGAAAAGCGCUGGAAUGCUUCAAAACUCGACGAAGCCAAGCUUUUAAGUUUCCUUAAUGAAAGUUGGCCAACCAUUGCCACUACGCUUCCGACUUCUGAAACUAAGGCGAACGCAGAAAUACGGGUCGAUCAAAUCAUGAGGCUCAUCACUGCAGGUUGUGAUGUUUCAAUGCCCAUCACCAUGCAUCAAGGUCGCCGCAAGCCAAAUUACUGGUGGACCCCGGAAAUUGCAGCCUGA